AUGUUUUCUCUUCCGAGAACCCCCCAGGUUGAGAUUGAACCCGAAGUUUUUGAUGCACCUAAGGUUGAUCUCGCCAAUAUGAAAUUUUAUGAUGCACCCAAUAUCGAUAUCGCCGAUGUGGAAUUCGUUGAGAUCAUUAAAGAGACGGACCGUUCGUUUCUAUGCCGAGUCCGCUGGCAAGAUAAAGACUGCAUGCUCAAGGUGUUUGCUCCUUAUAAACCGGAAGCGUGGGACCCACCCUUUCGUUCUAUUGAUCCUUUCAAAAAUGAGAGUUGCGCAUACAGUCGAUUAAAAGCCGGAGGCUUUCAUGAACGAGGAUCGGUUCCUGACUUCUAUGGGGUGGUUGAGAAUAUUGAUCCUGAGGCGAAGGGCUGGCAACCACAACUCAAGAAAUUCCACGACAAAACUUUUCCGGAGGGUCUAGAUCCAAAGGCUCGCCCAAGUGGUGUCCUAAUGGAAUACAUUCCUGAUCUAAAUAUGAUUGACAUCUCUAACUACACGGAGCAAAGAGCUCAGAAACUCAAGCAGCUCCUAGCCGAGAUUCAUAAGGCUGGGAUUGUACACCUUAAUACCUAUCCCCGAAAUAUGUUGAUUCAGGGUGAUUCUGAUCGGGUACUCUGGAUCGACUACGAAACUUCCCAGAUAUAUGACCCAGAGCACUCCGAGCACCCUAGAUUUUUUGCCCACGAAAUGGAAAAUAUGGAUCGCUUCAUAGAAAAGCUGGGCAGAGAUCAUAAGUUAGGGAAACACAAAGAAACGCGGAAUAUGUAUUUCGACUGA